AUGUCCAAUUCCAAUUGGGUUUCCAACAUUUUCCUCAUUAUCUGCAUUUCCAACUGCCAUCUGAUCAGUUGCAGCUCAGGACUGUCUUCGGACCCACAUAAACAGCAGCAGCUAGACAGAAUUUCAAAGCUUCCUGGGCAAAAUUUUAAUGUGAGCUUUUCGCACUACGCUGGUUACGUGACUGUAAGUAAAGAAUCUGGGAGAUCUCUAUUUUAUUGGUUCUUCGAGGCUGAUGAGGACCCUUCUUCCAAGCCUAUUGUUCUUUGGCUCAAUGGAGGGCCAGGAUGUUCAUCUGUUGCAUUUGGACUUGGUGAGGAAAUUGGGCCAUUUCAUGUUGAGAAAGAUGGGAAGACUCUUUACUUGAAUCCAUAUUCUUGGAAUAAAGUUGCGAAUUUAUUGUUUCUGGACUCUCCCGUUGGAGUUGGAUUUUCUUAUUCAAACAGUUCCUCGGAUAUACUGCAUAAUGGCGACAAGAGGACUGCCGCAGACAACUUAGCAUUUUUGCUAAAAUGGUUUGAACGGUUUCCACAGUACAAAGGAAGUGAAUUCUACAUAACUGGAGAAAGCUAUGCUGGUCACUAUGUUCCUCAACUAAGCCAUGCUAUUGUCAGACACAACAACAAAAGUGGAAAUGAAAUUAUCAAUCUUAAAGGUUUCAUGGUUGGAAAUGCUUUGACCGAUGAUUUUCACGAUCACUUAGGACUCUUCCAAUUCAUGUGGUCGGUUGGUAUGAUUUCUGAUCAGACAUUCAAGAAGUUAAACAUCUUAUGCGAUUUUGGGUCAUUUAUACAUGUCCCUGACAAGUGUGAGAAAGCUAUGGAAAUUGCCGAUGAAGAAAUUGGAGAUAUUGAUAUGUAUAGCAUCUUUACUCCUACCUGCACAGCUAAUUUUAGUAGCUUGAAUCAUCCUUGGAGAAAAAAGAGUAAGGUCGGUCUUCUCAGGAGGGUGUAUGAUCCUUGCACUGAACAGCAUUCAAAAGUCUACUUCAAUCUUCCUGAGGUUCAAGAAGCGCUGCAUGCUCGUAGCAAGAAUUCUCCAUUAAAAUGGGAGACUUGCAGGUAA